UGUGCAGAGCGCGAUCAGUAUUUGCUGCCUACAAUCGAGUUCUCUCUCGACUUGAUCUUUAACCAUGAAUACUCGUGCAACCAUGGCACUCAGGUCCCCAACUUUCAACGGUAUUACUGCCUCGACGCGGUCCGGUACGCUCAAUAAGGGGGUAGAGGUUCGAAUACCGAACAAAAAGUACAAAGCACGCGACCAUCGCCAAGCACUGCAAUUGGCUCAGAAUCAAGCCUAGAUAAUCCGGGGUCAUGCACACUCCUGCAGCUAGUGACACCCCUCUUGUCACGAUCGCCUUGAGCCUCAUCCAUUUGGGCUGCCUUCCUCUUCGCAUAUUGUCGCAAAUCUUGAACUCAGUACUAUCGAUGCUUUAGGCGGGCGUGAGUUCGAUUUUUGUGCGGUUCGAUGGAGCAGGUAUGGAGUAUCGUGAAGCAGGCUGGCUGAUGGCGCUUCAGCUGACGCAGCAGAAUUUUCGAUAAGACCUGCUGAACAGAUUCUUCAUGCGGGGCCAAGCAAACCUCCACAUACCUGG